UGCUCCUUUUAACACACACACAGUAAUGUGAGCAUUUCCUAAAUUUGAAUUUAUAAUUCAAGCACAGAAGCACUGUUUGGGGUGGAUUGUGCAAAGUGACCCAAUUCAAAUGAUUCAAAUGCAUGAUAACAUAAAAGUUAAAUUUUGCAGGAAUAUUCAGGAUGGUAGAAAUUGCUCAGUGAUAAAGAAUUUUAAAAAUCAGGAACUGUGUCCUCAAAUUUAGCCUAUUUGUAUUAUCGAGACAAUAUAAGUCAAAGAAUUUUACACCUUUGUAAUUUAGGCAACAGGCAAUGAAUAGGAAGGUUUUUUCCACAAUAUUACACUCACACCAAUGUACUGACACCAAUGCCUCUAGACCCAGUAGGUAAACAUCAAAAGUAGUGUGAAGAAAAAAUAAAUGAUACUAUGAUACAAAGAAGCAUAAUUAGGCCGUUCUUUGAUUAACCAUAAUAGCAAAUGUAACACAGUUCAAGUUUUCACUGUGAUUCAAAAUUGUGCAAUGUUACAAUGUUGAAAAAUUGGUGGGUUGUAUGUUCUUUGGUAUUUGAUUACAAUAGAUUUUGCUAAAAUAAAAAUAUAUUUUUAAAACACCAGGUGAUAUUGACCAAGGUCAGUUGCUUAUGUUUCCUCAAUAGUUUUUCUGGGUUUCCUGAUUAGUUUAGUAUGUUGUACAAAAUAUAAUGAUUUGGAUUCUGAGAAGAAAUAUCAAAGUGCAUUGCAGUGAUAGACCAUGGAUGUAUAAGAAGAGCUCUUACUAUACAUCCAUGUGAUAGACAGGGAAGAAAUACAGAAAUUGUGUUAAGGGCCACUUGUUUUCUGUGUAGCUGUCAGUCAUCCCGCCUGUAGGUGGCGGCAGCAGCUCAGCUCAGAUGACACUCACGUCCUUCAUCACUUCCACCAAAACAAAUGUUGGGAAGUAGCUGUACCCCCAACUUGCAGAAGCUCUGUGACGAAUUAAAUGAGUGAAAGUUAAGGAAACAGGCUCGUAGUUUGAGGAUGAACACCACUCUGAAGCACUGGAAGGAGGCGGCCACUCUCAUCUUAGCCGCCGGCCAGAGGCUCGGUGCGGACGGUUUGUCGUCAAGGACACCGGCGGCCAGCAGCCUCGGACGGUCACACCUGCCGCACAAGUCCCGCUUUGAUUACGACGUUUUACUGCUGAAACGAAGCAGUAAAAGCGGAUUCAUGCCCAAUGCUUAUGUGUUUCCCGGCGGCAUGGUGGACUCUUCGGACUUUUCGAGUGAAUGGCUGGACAUUUUCAAAUCUUUCAGGAACUCUGUUAAUUUUGGUUUGAGAAGAGUCAAACAGUCUGCGGAGACCAGACCUCCGAUCUUCGCCACUGAUCGGCUGAAACUGGGCUCCCCGAUCCCGGGAGAGGUCGCCUUCCGGAUCUGCGCCCUGAGGGAGACGUUUGAGGAGUCUGGUGUGCUCCUGGUUGUGUCCAAAACAGAGGAGGAGAGUUUGUUGAAAAGCACAGAGGACAGAUGUGCCUCUGAUCAAACACUUCAUUACAAGGUAAACGAGCUGUGCAGUAGUGAACUUACCAAGUGGAGGGCUCUGGUGAACCAAAACCCCUCCAACUUCAUCAGGAUGUGCAGAGAGCUGGAGGUGCUGCCCAACAUCUGGGCUUUACAUGAGUGGGGCAACUGGCUGACUCCCAGCGGCCGAUACGGUGUGCCGAGGUUUGACACAGCUUUCUUCAUCUGCUGCCUGCAGGAGAUCCCCCACACACUGCAGGAUCAGAAGGAAAUAGUGCGCUUUCAGUGGUCCACACCCUCAGAAGUCCUGCAAAGCUACCAGGCACGAGAGUUGUGGAUCGCUCCUCCGCAGUUCUACGAGCUCAGCCGCAUGUGCCGUUUCCCUCUGCUGAACGACCUCCACAAGUUUGCCGGCCAGCGAGCCACAGAAGGCUGCGAGCAGUUGCUGCCUGUUGUUUUCCUAAAAGAUGAACACUACAUAUCUGUGCUGCCAGGCGACAAACUUUACCCGUUGAACAGUUCAGGAGAGGCUGGCGUAGACACCAUAACAGACCUUCAGCUGGAGGAUCCUCUAGAUGAUUCUGCGCUGCACCGCAUCUGUAUCAUGGAUCCAUAUACUACAACUCUACAGAUCACCAUCACACCCAAGUACAACCACCUGCUGCCUGUUGUCGAGCCGGCCUCACCACUUGACUCAAAAAGUGAGCUUUGACGUGCUCCACCUGCUGCACGACACCCUCAACUUGCACACAUAAAGAAAAAAAACUCUUAAAACAAGACAAGUUUAUUUUAUUAUUAUUAUUAUCAUUAAACAUGAAUAUUUACAGCACUGUCUAAAGCAGUUUGAUUGUAUCAGAGAGGCCUUUUUCAUAGCAGAUAUUUGACCUGCCAUAGUAGGAAAAGCACAGGUGUUACUAAUAACAUUAAUGAUGGCUGCAUUCAUUUGUGAGCCAGUUCCAGGCUUCUGGUGUUGUGCAUGCUCACUUACUCAAAGACAUAUAUACAUAGAUGCUGCAUUGACUGCUUCAGCCCAUUGCUGCUAUACGUCACUGUUGCCGCCAUAUUGGACCGGGCAAGACUGCCUGUUAACAAGUACAACUAAACGAGGGAGCUGUGUUUUCUCUGGAUAAAAAAAAGCACUAUAACGUUUACAUUUCUCAACCGAUUUCAAUAAGUUGUUCCUAUAUUCAAGGGUUUAUGAUCUAUGUGGAGUACAAACAGAGGUUUUUGUCUCCAGGUACUUAGAAUCCAGAUAGUUAAGCUACAAUUGCUGCUAGACGCUCAAGAGAGGAGUGUGUAUCAACGUUAGGCAAAGUUACAGUACAUGAACUGACUUACUUAUGAGGUGGAAAAUCAUUCAUUGUCAUAAGGAAUUGUAAAAACUCACGUGUGUCAAGCUUAUUUUCCUUGGUUAAUAUGUGUGGAGACCUGUGUAAUAUAAUUUAAUGUACAUGCAGAAAGUUUUUGACAUAGUGGAAAUGGCUUUUUCUGUCUAUGUUCCCAUCAGUUUAUUUUUUCUUGUGCUCAAGGUCAGAACAGCUCGUUCACUAUGAAAUACUGAAAGAAGUUUGAAAUAGUGGAUCUUUAAGUAUAAUAAUCGACCAUCAUUGGAAAAAAAACGGAACAAUUCCUCAAUUAAUAUUGAGCCAUUCAUGUGUCAUCCCAUUGAAACACUCGAGUGUCCAGGGCCAUCAGAUCUUAACAGUGUUCUUACCUUUUUUUAUGUAAUAAAUCUGUUUUUUGACAAAUCUGAAA